UCGGUGUGGAGGCGCCGCCCGUCAGUUCCGCAGGAAUUUCAGCUAUUCGACUCAUUUCUGCUCCGCUCGACCGAAAAAAGGGUUGGAUCACAGAUCAGGAUGUCUCAGGCUGACAAACUGAAGCAAGGCCAGUUCACCAACCCAGAGACUCCUGGCUAUGUGGGCUUCGCCAACCUGCCCAACCAGGUUCACCGCAAAUCGGUGAAGAAGGGCUUUGAGUUCACCCUCAUGGUUGUCGGUGAAUCUGGUUUGGGGAAGUCCACUCUGAUCAACAGCCUGUUCCUCACUGACCUCUACCCAGAGCGGGUCAUUCCCGGAGCCGCAGAGAAGAUCGAGCGCACUGUGCAGAUUGAGGCGUCCACUGUGGAGAUUGAGGAACGUGGUGUUAAACUUCGUCUGACCGUGGUGGACACGCCUGGAUAUGGAGACGCUAUUAACAGCCAAGACUGCUUCAGCACAAUCAUCGCAUACAUUGAUGACCAGUUCGAGCGUUACCUGCAUGAUGAGAGUGGCCUGAACCGCAGACACAUCGUUGAUAACCGCGUUCACUGCUGUUUCUACUUCAUUUCCCCACUCGGACACGGUUUGAAGCCCCUGGAUGUCCAGUUCAUGAAAGCUAUUCAUAACAAAGUGAACGUGGUGCCUGUUAUUGCCAAAGCUGAUACGCUCACUCUGAAGGAGAGAGAGAGGCUCAAGCGCAGGAUUUUAGAUGAGAUCGACGAACACGGCAUUAAGAUCUAUCACCUCCCGGACGCUGAGUCAGACGAGGAUGAGGACUUCAAAGAGCAAACGAGGAUUUUGAAGACCAGUAUCCCAUUUGCCGUGGUGGGCUCCAACCAGCAGAUUGAGGCAAAGGGCAAGAAGGUGCGUGGGCGUUUGUACCCGUGGGGCGUAGUGGAGGUAGAAAACCCAGAACACAACGACUUCCUCAAGCUUCGCACAAUGCUCAUCACCCACAUGCAGGAUCUACAGGAGGUGACCCAGGACCUGCACUAUGAGAACUUCCGCUCCGAGCGCCUCAAACGGGGCGGCAGGAAGGGUCCGGACCCGGAGGAGAUGGACAAGGACAUGAUCCUGCAGGAGAAGGAGGCUGAGCUGAGACGAAUGCAGGAGAUGAUCGCUAAGAUGCAGGCACAGAUGCAGAAGCAGGGUGAGGGCGAAGGAGACGGACCCCACGUGUGAACGAAAUGGUGCAGAGCUGUUGUUUGAGCAUGACCAGCAGAAAGCGGACGGAAGGCAGGAGCGGAAGUGUGGAGAGAGGAGGGAGGAGGGAGGAGGGAGGCUGGUCCAUGUCUCGUUUUGCUUGCCACUUUCUUAGUUUCUUCUACUCUUACUUGGGAUAAUGUUUUUUUUGUUAUUUCUUUUUUGUAAGCAGUAUUAUUAUUGUUAUUAUUGUUAUUUUUUUAUUUACCCAAAUGCUGUUUCUAAUAUUAUUUCAUUUGUACCAAACUAUUGAACUAUGCCUAUAACCAAAUUGAAGUAUACAGACCAGUGAGUAGUUUUUCUUGUUGACUGCAGAGUCAUUUAUGUGGUAGCAUCUUAAUGCGUUUUGUGUUUUAAUCUGAUAAGAAGGCCACUUGCUGCUGCUGCUGCUGUUCAGUAAGAACCCACUGCUGUAGAGUCUCUUAAAGGAAACGCUCAGCACAAGGCGCUAACCUUGGCUGACAGAAGUAGGACAUGAAAGCCUGCAGCCAGCAUCCUCAUUAUUAGCCACGUUGGCGUAUUUGGCUAAGUCAUUCCUUUAACAUUCUGCGGCAGCUCCUCUACCACUGAAAGUCCCUCUGAUCACGGGACGAGGAACCUGCCAGCUGGCUACAAAACAAACACUGUGAAAAGACUGCAGCAGCACAGGGUUUGGAUUGUUACUGUGAUGGUUGCUGCACCAGUUUUUUGGGAGGUUAAUAGGAUUUGUAAGUGCUGGUGUGGAGGAGGGAGUAGUGAAGUGGCCCUCAGCUGGUUGGUAAUGUUCUAGUCAGUAUACUGUGACUAGUCUGGCUAGCAUUUCUCAGUUAGCCAGAUAACUUAAGCCUAAAACCAAGCCUAAUCCAGUCUGAGGAGAGCUAGAGAACAUUCCUUUUGGAUAGUCCUCACUUUUGGCUUAAAUUAUCCAGCUUUACUGAGAAAUCCAGCUUUGCAAAUAUCCUCUGGUGACCUGCUAGUGCUUUCGCUGUUUUAGCACACCCGUUCCACUUCAUGAAGGGCUUAAAUUACCUGGUGGGGCUGCGUGAUAAAGACACACUUCUAGUAUUGCAAUAAUGAUGCACCUGCAAUAUGCCUAUAAACACUGGUGAACAAGUAGACCUCUGUAGACCUCAUCAUGCCCUUAUUAGGAACUACGCACAUUUUCUCUAUGGAAAAAAUGAAUGGUGGUUCUGAAAUUUCCAUUAUCGCACCCCAGUAAACUAAAAUGUUCCAAACCUGAUGCAUUUUCCCCUCAAGUGGCGCUGGAUCCAGUGAAUUAUGAGGUCGUUUAGCAGUCAAAAUAUGAUUAAUGCUAUGUGCAUGCUACAAGCCCACCAAUGCCUGUAAAGCAUCGGUGAACCAGUAGGCCUCUGUAGUCGUUUUAACCAUAUUAAGAACUAAGAUUUUCUCUAUGGAAAAAUAAGCAGUGUUUCUAAAAUUGGCACUAGAGCACUGUGUUGUAAACCCGAUACCCCCCCCCCAAUAAGUGUAUGUAAAAAUAUGAAUAAUGCUACAAGGAAGCCAACACUGCACACUGAUAGUGAGUCUACUAUUAUACAUGUAUACUAAACUGCCAAAGCAUCUUACCACACUGGGAAAAGACUGCUGGGGUAUUUCGGUGAGGCUGCCAGUCCUGUAUAGUCAGUUUAGCUCACAUCAGUGUUAGUUUGCAUGUAGUAAUGUAGUCGGCUUCUUAACAGCUUCAUAAUUCUGAGGAUCUGGUGAAGUUUGGAGAAGAAAUAUGAAAUACAGACUAAAAAUGUUCCAACUUUGAGCACAACAGCAACAAAAUUUCAAGAAAAUUAUUCAUUUUUCCUGUAGAGAUAACCAGGUAAGACCCGGAGUUCCUAAUAUGGGCAUGACAGCACAACUUCAGAGGUCUAUAACGUGAACUCAUGGCCUUUUGUUGGAUUGCAUGAACACCGUGAUUCAUUAAAACAGCCACAAAAAUGCGUCUGGGGCUGUGAUUGGUCAGAUUAGAGAGCUCAUUUGAAUAUUACAGUGCGUUAACUGUGUUGCAAAGGCCAGUAUCGCGAUAAUGAUGAACAAGCAGCGUAUCGUGCAGCCCUGCAGGUGAGCUAGAGCAGAAGAGAAGUGGCAGCUGAUUUGUACUGUUACGAAAGAGGAGAGGCCGCUCUUUCAGGUGGUCGUGGUGGUGAUUACGUAUACUGUAUGUGCCUCUGUGGAUUCUGUCCCACAGCUGUCGGAAACAGCUGUACGAUGUGAAGUUGACUGGUGCGGUAAUACACCCAGGAGUGCAGUGAAGUAUCAGACCGGUUACGUGUUAAUGUGCAGUGUUGGGCCCUGAUGCAUGCCAAAUAACCCCUCCCUCAGCCCUACGUUAAUAUUAAUGAGCCCUCACCCUGUGGAGGUGACCUGUGUGUUUGUGUGCACCUACUGCCCAUUCCGUAAGUCUUCAUCAUCUCUUCAAACAAAAAAAGACCUUGAUAUGGGAGAUUUCCCAUCUGUUCAGCUCCAGUUGGUCUCUUAAACUGGUUGUCACUGUCCAUAGUUUUAUCUCGAAGCUGUUAACAUUCCACUUGUACGGUUUGAGAACUUUCUCUAAUAAACUUGUUGGCUAUUAUCUUGUAUUGUAAUAAAGGUUUUUAUGAAAGCUUA